UUUGUCCCGGUCGUUGAGAGCCAAAACGCACGGCGAACCGACACCGUCGGUGCGCCUCAAUUGGUCGCUGCUGUGGACGCGCCGUCGCGGCUUACAUAAUUUGUUUUUAAAAUAAUUUUUUUUAAUUAGUUACAGCCCUUUCCCCCUUCUUUCUUGAUCCGAGACUCCCUUUACUUCCUCUUUCUCUUCGUCUCGUCGCCUGAACCUACACUUCUUAAAGCGAAGUGGGGUUGGAGAUCGCAGGACGAAAUCCAAGUGCAAUCGGAUCGAAUCCUCCACCAAAAAGAGGGAGAGAGAACAAGAAAAGAGAGAAGAGGCAUCAAGGAGGAGAUCUGAAAGCACGCAAGGAUUCCAAUUCCAAAACCCCCGUCCGACGCUACCCAGGCUUUCCCCUACACGCUGCUCCGAUUGAGGAUUGAUUCUUUCCCAUGUCUCCCUAACCCUAGGGUCGAUGGCAGCGUGCUAUUUCGGUCGUGGGGAGAGAGGGAUCGCACGGCUCGCUUUUGGGGCUCUCGGUGGUCCGUAAACGUCGGAAAGUGUCUAGGAUUUGUGCGGAUGGCGGUGAAUUAUCUGUGCCUCUCGGCGUUCAGCACGGCAGUUGGCCUCGUCGGACUGCAGUGGUGGACGGUCUCCUCGCUUGACCGGAUGCGAUCCGAUGGGUUGUUCGUUGGGGAUGGCCAUGGUGUUUCCUCGGAGAGUGCACGCCGAGCGCUGGAGCUGCUCCUCAGCUCUCAUGUCACUGUAGCUAUGCUGGUGAAUUUUGUGAUUAAUGUGUACGUUCUGGUCGUCUUGCUGCUCAAGACACUAUUCUUUGUUCGGUUGAAUGCAUCAGAGACUAGAAAAGUUUUGGAAGGGUUUGUCAAUUACAUACUAUACAAGGGAGCUUUUCUUCUCCUAGUUGUGCCACCUGACAUUUCUCAAGUCAUCAUAUGGUCAAGUUGGUUGAUCUUUCUAUGUUUCCUUAAGAUUUUUCAAUCAUUAGCAAGAGAUCGGCUUGAAAGACUAAAUGCAUCUCCUUCUGUAACACCUUUGAAGUACUUCCGUGUUUUCUCUGCAUUGUUGAUGGUCCUAUCUGCUGAUUUCCUUUGGAUGAAGUUGUGUAUGAUCUACAGUUCACACAGUUCUAGUUUGUUUAUGCUGCUGUUCUUUGAGCCUCUCUGUAUAGCUUUCGAGACAUUUCAGGCCAUUAUGGUACAUGGAUUUCAGUUGCUUGAGAUUUGUCAGGGGCAUUCCAAUAAAAGUGCUGCUGAUUGCUCAGCAGAUUCUGACAUUCAAAAAACAGCAGCAGGUUCUCUGUCUGAAUGGAAGGGGAUUCUUAUAAGACAUUGUGGUUUCAUUCUAGAUAUGUUUACUUUAGCAAUGGUGCUAGGUCAUUACUUAAUGACCUGGUGGCUUCAUGGCAUGGCAUUUCAUCUAGUGGAUGUUGUUCUUUUCCUGAACUCACGUGCUCUUUUAAGUGCAAUAAUGAAGCGAAUCAAAACAUAUAUCAACUUGUGGAAAUCUCUUAGUUCCCUUGAUGGAGCAUUACCUGAUGCUUCAUACGAGGAACUUUGUGCCUAUGAUGAUGACUGUGCAAUAUGCAGAGGACCAAUGGCCAGGGCUAAAAAACUGUGGUGCAAUCAUCUAUUCCAUCUUGUGUGUUUGAGAUCUUGGUUGGACCAGGGUUUGACUGAGAUGUAUUCUUGCCCUAUAUGUUGGAGGCCUCUUUUUGUUUCUAGUCCUCGAGGCCACACAAGGUCCAUUUCUGGGAAUGGAACAGAUGACCUGCAACUUCCUGAAUAUUUAAAUUUAGGAAUGAACCUACAGACAGUUCCUGAUCAUGCGUCACCUCUAGGAGCAUCUCCAAACCACCAACAGAAUGCUUCAGAUACAAUCUGGAGGGUAGCUGCAUCUGAUUCCAGUUGGGCACCUCCAUUGGCGAAUCAAGGAAUGGCUGGUGCUGGUACAUCAAGUUCCAUCAGACCAGUAGGAUAUGGUGGGGUUCAGAUGAUGAUGAGGCAGCUAGCAUCUGUUAGUGAAAACUUUGCCCAUGGUUCUCUAGAUAAUGAUGCUUGGACUCCAUGGCCUUCUCAGCAUACCUCAAUGCCUUCUCUUCCUUCAUCUUCUUCCCUCAGGAUGAACAGAAAUGCAACUGGUCUACGUAUUAGGAAUACUUCACCCUCUGUAAACAAUAUGUCCGAGUUACUCGCUAUGGUAGAUAUAGUACGCGAGGUUUUGCCACAUAUUCCAGAUGAAUUUAUUGUACAGAAUCUCCUGAGAACCAACAACAUCGACAUUACUGUCAAUAAUCUUAUGCAAUAGCCCUAGUGGCAUCCCAGUAAAUAUAUGUCAUAGCAUGUAUCAAGGUCUGUCCAAGUUUUGUAUAUCACAGUGCCAUAUAUAGUCAAAUGCAACAAGUGGUCUUCACACUCCUCUGCAAGAAUCUCGAUUGUACUUCACGUUUCAGUGUCUCUACUUGUAAGAUACGGCCAGUAUCCAUACGGAAAAAGAAAUUUUCCUCGAGGAGAAUAAGCUUGCUGGAA